GCAAUGGAGGAACUUGUAGUCUUUGGACUGACCAAAUCUGUUGGAGUGUCUAACUUUAGUAUCUCACAAAUUGAAAGGAUCUGCAAGAUGGCUAAACACAAACCUGUUACAAACCAGGUGGAAUGUCUCAUAUAUUGUCCACAGAAAGAGUUAUUUGAUGGAUGUAAGAAGCUUGAAGUUACAUUGACAGCUUACAGUCCAAUUGGUUCUCCAGGAAGGCCUGAAAAUCUAAAAGAGGCAGAUGAACCUGUUGCUUUAGAAGAUCCUUUCAUCCAAAGAAUAGCAAAGAAAUAUGGAAAAACGCCUGCACAGAUUUUGCUUCGAAAUCUCAUCCAAAGAGGUAUUAUUGUAACUCCAAAGAGUGUGACUCCAGAAAGAAUACGUGGCAAUUUUCAGGUUUUCGAUUUUUCUCUAUCUAAGGGAGAAAUGGGAUAUAUUGAUCAAAUAACAAUACAAAGACGUUACUUUGACAUGUCGGCAAUGUUCAAGGAUCACCCAGAGCGUCCAUGA